CACACACACACACACUUCCCACCUGCUCGCUGCUUCUCGCUCGUCCAGCUCACUCUGCUCUCACACAUCCAAAAUGGCGGCAGCGUCAUCCAUCCAGCCGCCGAGCGUCCACUCCUCUCGAGCCCGGGAGAAUGUACUUUCCCCGGGGAUGAACAGCCCCGAGGGCCAGCAGCCGGAGGACGAAGAGGCGGCGGCGGCGGCGGCGGGAGCGCAGCCCUCGGAGCCGUGGACAAGCCUCCGUGACUUGCCCGAACUGGAGCCGGAGGAGAUAGAGGAGAGGCUCGCGAAAACUCGCCAGGAGCUCAGCAACAGGCGCAAAAUCCUCAUUAAGAACCUCCCGCCCGACACGACUAACCAGGAGGUCCAUGAAGUCCUGAAAGAGUAUGAACUUAAGUACUGCUUUGUUGAUCGCAAUAAAGGCACAGCCUUUGUGACUUUGCUGAACGGGGACCAGGCUCAGGAUGCCAUCCGCUCCCUCCAUCACAGCACUGUCCGGGGACGCCUGAUCAACGUCACCCUGCAGCCUACAGACUCCCUGCUCUGCCUCACCAACCUGCCCCACACCUUCACUGCCCAACAGUUUGAGGAGCUGGUGCGUUCCUACGGAAACAUCGAGCGCUCCUUUCUGGUGUAUAGCGACCUGACGGGACACUCCAAAGGCUACGGAUUUGUUGAAUACAUGAAGAAAGACUCUGCUUCGCGGGCUCGUUCUGAGUUGCUGGGACGGCCACUGGGUGAUCGCUCAUUGAUGGUGCAAUGGAUGGAUGUCAACCAGUUGAGCCAGGAAGAGAAACUGCAUUCCAAAUGUGUGUGCGUGGACCGACUCCCUCUUGACCUCUGUGACUCUGACGAGAUGACCCAAAUCUUCUCAGAAACCUACAAACCGGUCUUCUGCCAGCUUGCUCAGGAUGAGGGCAGUCCGCUACGAGGUUUCGGCGUGGUGGAGUAUGAGUGUGCUGAGCAGGCAGAGUCGGUGCUGAUUGAGAUGGACAGAAAACUGGUGGGAGGACAAGAGGUCCGUCUGUCACUCUGUACCCCUGGCACCUCAGGAAGAAGCACCCUGGCUGCACUUAUCGCCGGGCAGGGUAUGAUUCUAAGUAAGAGGAAAGGGCUGCUGCCGGAACCGAACCUAGCUCAGCUGCUGACCAGUAUGACAAACCCUGCAGCCUUGCAGAUCCUCAUGAGACCUUAUCACACUGGGAAAAGGGGAGGGAAGUAUGGCCGUCACACAAACCUGCCAUUCCUCAGACCGCCGCUCACCACAGCUCUUCUUACACUUGGAAAAGCUCAUCAGAGUGCCAUGUUCGGUAACGGACUCGUAUUUCAGAACCUCCUGCAAAUGCAGCUCGCUCAGCAGCAGUUUUUACACAUAAAAAACAAGUGCAUCAGCAGUGCCUCCAGCCUGCUGGGAGAUCCAUCCAGGUUGCUGAUGCAGAAAACAUUACCUCUGCGGGCUCCAGGCCUCAUAGCACUUGGGAAGGGCCUCCUGGGAGACUCCCCCUCAGAGUUUUGCCACAAGCCUGUGCCAGCGUCAAGCCACAAUGCCACAGUAGUGGUGUCAGCAGCAGGCGCGAUAUCCUACCUGCAGACCCGACCCGGUGGAGAACAAAACAGCAUCCAGUCGAUCUGCACGGCCUCCGCCCCCUCCUCUUCCUCCGUCCCGUCUUCUUCCUCCAGCUCUGGUGACAGGCAGGCUGUCCCUCCAGGGAGUGUGAUGCAGGGACAUAAUUACUCUUUGGGACUAAGUAACUCAGGCCUGUGUCCAGUUCCACCUAAACCCCCAGGAGGAGUGUAUACAUCCACAGGGCAUCACAGCAGUUCUGAUGGCUCCUUGCCAGCCAACAUGGUAAACAAUGGCCAGAGUUCUCUGCUGGGAGAGCCCCCCAAAGAUGUCAGACUCCCCUCAAAUCCGUACCUGAAUCUAGCCAGUGUAAUGCCAGGGGUUGUUCUGCAAGGGUCACUGGGCAGUAAAUCUCCGGCAAUGCCGCCGGCCUCGGGCCUGUACGGCAACUCGGCGACCCCCGUUGUCUCCCAGGGUAGCGGCUCCUUCUCCCACAAUGCGCCUCCUCCCAGCACAACCUCCUACAAUACUGACACUUCCUCUGACUUCAGCCAGUACAACCAAGCCUACACGCAGGAGGCCAUGCAACAGUGGUACCAGCAUUACCAAACAGCACAAGGCUACAACUCUGCUAUGUCACAGGACAACACAGCCACGGAUUACACUAAGGAUCACACACAGAUUCCACCAGUUUCCUCCUAUGGUGAUUACAGCUCCUACAUGCAGACAGUCACUCAGUGCUACUCCCAGUCUACAGCUACGCACGCCUAUGCCAGCAAGCCUCUAGGCGUGGCUCUUCAUGCUGUCAACGAUGGCGUGGCUCCUCCCCCGGCUGUCCUACCGACGGCUGCCAUGCUGCCCACCUACAGCACCCUGCCUCUGAUGCCCGGUUUCCUCGGGGCGCCGCACCCGAUAGCGGCCACGCCGAGCCCUGUCACACAUGCGCAAGCUGCCGCCACCGACUGGAACACCUACUAUUAUAACCAGACGCGGGGCCACAAGAGGGAGUAUCCCCAGUUGGCGGUGCAGGAAGUGACGUCAUCAGAUGGCGGCUACAUCGGGCAGCACUCCCAAGGCCUUGGGGGACAGUAUGCCGACUAUUUCAAGAGGAAGAGGCUCUAGAGUGACAUGCUCGCUGGGGGUCGCAGCUUCUUCGAGUGGCUGAAUCUUUGAAUACUGCUUAAUAGUAUACGGGGGGCCUCGGUUUACGACAGCGUUCCAUUCCUUCGGCGGCGACGUAAGCCCGAUUGGUAUGCGAGUCGGAGCGCGCCGUAGUCCAUCACAAACCCACGCUAACGGAUAGCAGAGUCAUAUUGAUGUGCAUAUUUGUACAAAAAACUGUUCGGGCCAUUAAUAUAAAACAAUACGUUUGGCGGGAACUAAGCGUGCCUUCUUGUGCUGUGUGAUGAUGUACGUCUUCUUAUGGCGCUGCAAACUAGUUUACUAGGCGGCGUAACCUCGAAAAAUCUUGUGUCACGACCGUUGUAAACCGAGGCCCCCCGUGCAGGUGGCCAUCUGGAGGGCAGCUGCCGUACAUUGUGAAAAUCCACCAGGAACCUCCCCGUUUUUAAUUGCCUAUAGGUGCCACAAGAAGGUUUUUUGCCUACUUUUGUCCAAUGAACCUCCUCAAAUCCCUUCAACAUAGUUCAUUGGCAGAAAGAUGUCACAAGAUGGUGGCAAAAUAAUACUUUUCCUGCUCUGGCCUGAGUAUUGCAAAAUAAAAUGGGAGUUUUUCAGCAGGUUUUCCCCCCAAAAAAUCUGGAAAUGAAUUUGCAAAUGCCAAAUUGCAAAUGUACAGGGGUUCACUGUAAACCUAAAUAAUAAUAAUAAUGCUGUUGCUUUUGUCCAGGUCAAGCCUUAACUCUCUUUGACUAGUCAUUCCCCCCCACAAAGUCAGUGUCAACUAUACUGAUAUUACCGUGUACUCGUAUGAUAUAAACUCGUGUCUGCUAAAAGACUGGUCAAACGAACACUUGAAACUGAUGGUCCAACAACGGUCUGUCUGUCUGAUCCUUUUCUCCUACUCUUUCUCUUUUAAACAUGGACAGCUGUUGCAUGUGCCUCUGUUUGUGUGUGUGUGCCUGAACUGUGUCCAUAGGAAGUGUCAGCCAUUUUGUAAUCCCAACACUGGGUGGACAUCAAGAAACAGGGCGUGGACCAAUAAGAGCUCUGUUGACAUACAGGAAUAAUAGACUGAAUAAAAGUGAGUAUACUUGUGUACUGUACAUAUUAGAGCAAGCCAUGUGUGACACACAGCUGUGUAUUAAGGACAUUUGUCAGCUCUGUUGUGAGCAUAAUGUAUCACAAGAAUGAAAACAUGAGCAUAUUGAUUUCAAAUCCAGUUUGCUGUAUAUUUGUAACCUAAUGCUUUUGGAGUUCCCCCUCUUUUGAAUUGACUUUUACAAGUUCACAUUCUUCAUGAGAAAAACAGGGUCAUGGUCUCAUUUAUUUAGUUUUAACGCCAAACUUUAAGGCUAGGUUCACUUUGUGUAGCCGGUAUGAGGCGGCCUCUUUUCAUUACCCCAUGAUAAUCGAGCCUCGUAGGCCGAGGUCAAACGCGACAGACUUAGAAUGAUUUCCAGUCCGUAUUGUAUAUUUUUUUUUUUUUUUUUUAAAUCCAACAUUUCUUGCGGGGACUUGCACUCCAUUGGCCAACAGUUUGCUUUUUGGGUCGCUUUUGAAGCCUGUUACGAAUAUAUCCUCAGAGUGUAGAACUAAAGCAGAACGUUCACUUAUUCGGUUGCAUCUGUGUCAUCCAAAUGUUUGGCAUAGUCACACAGGAAAUGUUUUGGAGCUUUGUCUACACCAGUUUGGGGAUCUAGUACUUGUCAAAGGAAUAGACAGCAACUCGUCCGGAAUGCAUUUGAAAAAGGAACGUUCUCAGGACAUGGACAAAAUACGCAGUGCAGUUGUGUGUGAAACCCACUCAGUAUUGUGUCUGGAUGGUACUGAUUAAAUGUCGCUGCAAUAAGCGAGGGUUGGUGUGGAUUUGAUUGGAAUCGGUGUUCACCUUCCAAUGAGCCUCUUUUUUUAAAAAAAAAAAAAAAAAAAAAAAAAGCACAUACAAGUGUAAAUCUGUUAUCUUUAGAACAAAAGCAGUGUCUGACAAAUGUUUUUCUUAUUCCUUUUGUCAAUGUCCGUUUUCUGUAAAAAUGCUUCAUGUCCAACUUUAAUUGAUUAUCAAUGAGGGCUUGCUACUUUAGUAUUACUGCUUGUUAUGGCAAUAACUAAGGCUCUUCCUGCUGUUGAAUGUAUUAUAAUGACUCCUCUAGUACAGUUUUAUAAUAAUCUUACUCAACGAGGACUGUUUGGGCCACACUGAAAAGACCCCCAAACAUAUGAGAAAAGUGUUGGAAAAAUAUGAGAUGUUACAAGUAUAGUAUAAGCUCAUGUCAUUUUUUACAAUUGGACAAUUACGACACAAAAAGUCAAUUUCAUAUCAUGAGUAUGAAGUCUUUUUUUUUUAACUUUUUUUUAAAUUGGAUUAUUAUGACACAAAAAGUUAUAAUUUUAACAAGUGAUUUCAAAAUUCCCACACAACUUGAACACGACAUUCCUUGCGUUCAUGCAGUUGGACAUUAAUAUGAGAAAUCUGCAAUUAUAUGUGACUAUAUUUGCUUCAUUUAAUGACUUUAUUCAAGUCAUGAUUUUUUAAAAUUAUUUCUCCUCAUAGUGAUUUCCUCACACAAUUGUGAAUUUAUUCUUGUAAAAUUACAAUCUAAUACUUUUAACGACUUUAUUCACAUAAUUGUUUUAAAGAAAGUCUCGUACAACUUUUUGUGUGUGUAAUUCCUUUCAUUUCAUAGAACUUUGCACAAUUCGCAUUUUGUCAUUCUUGUCAAGUUGUUCUUUUCAGUGUUACCCUAAUACUCCUUAAUAUACUUUCACAAAUGUUUAUAUAUAUAUAUAGUUUUUUUAAUUUUUUUUUAAAAUUCUGCUACUGAUAGAAUUGUACAGUGCAGUACCUGCGUGGCCAUAGCAACACUGAAAAGCAAUAGCAGAUGAGAUAGUGAACCAUUUUUUGAGGAUCACCGGGCUAACGUGUUCUUCCAUACACCAUUUUCUUAUUCGUAUAUACUACUCUAGUCUUAUGAUGUUGUCAUGCUUAGUGUGCUAUGCACCAUGAAUAUUUGUCACUCUCACUGUCAUUACUUGUUUCCCCAUGUUGUAGUGAUACAGUAUAUUGCCCGUUUUGUGGAAUCGAUCGGCUUCUGUGUCAUUAUCUAAACUUUGUGUACGUAACUGUAUGAUGUAUCAUCUUCCAGUUUGUGUAAGUAUCACAUAAUGCAUAGAACUACCCAUCUUAUGGAGAGAUGUUCCAAAUAGUUUGCCGUGCCGGCGCUCACAAAUGAAAGACCCCACAAACGUUGAGUCGACCACAGACUAAGGGCUUGUGAACUGCCGAGUCAGCGGGCCGGAAUGUGCUGUCGCUACGCUACUCUCGCCAGUCAUCUGUGAGUGAGUUAGUGGGAGUGUUGCAGCAUGGUCAGCCCUUUCUGGCAAAUGUCUACUUUAUGUCGUCUGUUGCGCGGGUGGGGAAUGGACGGUGUGAGCGUUUGAUCAGGCCCGUCAUGCAAUUCUAAAAACAAAUACAAAUCUCACACGACCUGUUAGAAAAAGUUGGGCGGUACACUUAAAAUUGUUUCAUUUUCUUACAUUUUUUGGGAGUAACUUUUCAUCCUGGCCUAAUGUUUUCAUUCCUCCUUUAUUCUUUGUUUUACUGAAACCUGCUUUCCUGCCUUCCUUCCCUCUAGCUCAGAGCCACUGUAAUUUUUUUAUCGCAACCUCCCUUCGCUUAAAGCUACUUUUCAGCCAGCCUGCCUUCCUUCAGUUCAGGUCCAAUAUUGCUCUAGAAUCGUCAAUAUUUUUGUUCUUGACUCAAAUGAUUUGCCAUUCGUCACGGUACCAGUACGAAAAUAAGUUGAUUUAAAAAGUGUAUACCUACUUUUUGGCUCAUCUUGUAUAUUAAGCAAUAGAUGUUUGACUAGUGUAGUAUAGAUACAUUUUUUUCAUUUAUUUAAUGUGGCGCUCAAAACAAACAUAGCAAACAGGUUCCCCACCUCUGCUGUAUAGACUUGUAAUUGGGCCUUUAAAUUCCGUUUGCGUUUGCUCAAUGUAGACAUUAGUCAGUGCCCCCUGAAGAUAUCCCAAAAGUAUUUUCAUGUUCAUGAAAAUAUAUCAUCUUUAUGUGCUAUCGCUUUUGUAUUCACUUUCAUGUCCAGAAUUGUAUUGCUGUUUUGUUUGGCCAAACGGAGCGUGUUGCAAAGGCACAAGUACACUGUACCUAUGUUACAUUAGUAAGAUGAGGCUGGCCAUACAAUAAAUAACUAUGUGAUACUUACAAUAUCAUAUUGUAUAUGACUUAAGAUGAGGAAUAGUGCUUCACACGUUGUAAACAUAAGGCUUUUAUUUAUUGGGGAUCUGAUAUACUGAUUGUAGAUUUUGCUAUAUUUUAUAUCACUUUGAAUGCAGUAUUUCCAGGGAAAUUUGCAACGGUUACAUACAGUAUAUACACACACACCAUGUAUAUCUUCAUGAGUUAGUUAAUAUUACAUUUGGAAAGACAAAGAAGACAGUUGUUUUAUUUAUUUUUCAAUUGUAUAACUAUGGACAUUUUACCUUCCAUGAGUCAAACUGUUGUCUUUUUUUCUUUUAAAAGGAAUUGUCUUUUACAUUCCUAAUUAAAGCGUGGACUCAAGUGUGUCCUUUCUGUCUCCGUCACGUUAAAGUCUUGCUCAAAGCCUCUCACGUGCAGAGCGCUACGUUACUGUCAAAUGUAAAAUACAUUUCAACUGAGAAUGCCACAUAAACUAACAAGUAAGGUGAGAUUCAUCAGUCCUGCAACU